CAACAUUUCACGUCCGUCGGUCCCACUGCAGCCUCGGCGGUUACGUAUACCCCCAACAUAACGUGCUUCGCGUGGUUGUGUGGUUAGACUUAUAUUGCUGCAUCAGAAGGUGUCAUAUCUCUGGUCCAUGUGCCACAUUUCGCUAGCCCUCAAGUCAAGUCAUUCAUAGUUGUCUGGCUGCUCUGAUUGAGUGAUCUGACAGUCCUAGCAAAUCUCUGAGUUCACAACUACCCUAAGCAGUACAGGCCCUAUCUGAUAUCUGCAUUUCCCUGUGUCCCUCCUGUCCCCCAGAGGAAUAAAAGCAUCAAAUUUGAUCUCUGAGCUUGAGAUGGAACAUCAGCUGGCCAGAAGAUUCAGUGCUUCUAAGAGUUCAGAGGAAAGAUCACCGUCAAAGGAGAACAGCAAUAUCAUUGAAUCUGCUGUUGUACCAAGAAUCACAAAGUCACCAUUGGAACCAUUGCGGCUUGAGAAUUCUCCUGAGAUGGAUUCCCCUUUGUCACAACAGAAGGAAGACUCAAAACAUAAGUUAUUUGCUGGAGUAUUAAUCACAAGCCCCCCUCUGUCCAAAGAUACCACCUUGGUCCCAAAAUCUGAGUCACUGCAUUCAGGUGGUAAGCUUACAACGGCACCUCAGGCUUCUCGUACUCUACCUGAUGUCUCAUCAAAAUCGCUUCAUGCACCUCUGCCAGCCCACAAUUCUGUAGGGGACAAGCCACACCUUCCCUCUCGGGCUCUAGAUCCGAAGGUACCAGAGCAAUCAGCCCCUACAAUGACUUCAAAUACUGCAAUAAACCACAGCCCGUUCAGUCUAGCAGCCGCUCUCUCCCUUACUUUCGCCAACAACAAGCAUCACGAGCCACCUGCAGGAACUAUUUCUCGUGCUGUUGCACCUGUGAUUCCGCAGAAACGGAAGGCUCAAGUCCUCAAACCGCACAGGCUUCUCCGACGGAAGGCUGAUGUGAUCGCAAAGCAGAAAGAGAUCGACGCACAGCUUUCAAACGUUCCGGCGAAUGCCAUUAUUAGCCCGGAAGAGUUUGAUUCCGCACUGGAGACAGAAGUCGCGCCCGUAUCAUUAAGCUCAAAUCGUGCCGCACUCUGGUCCAAGGUUGACUCCAGGCAUCCAGACCUUUUGCAGCUGGUCACGGGGCCAGACUUGCAGAAGCAUCCUCGCAAUGACGAUUCGCAGACCGAGCACGACUUCUCGACGGAGAGCAACAGACUGGUACCGAGACAGGGCGUCCUGAUAAACGCUCAAGAACGUCCUCGUAUAGUUCCGCAUCAAUCUCGGACCGUGAUGUUCGCGGAGAGACUAGAGAGCAUGUUCGGCUUCGGAAGCCUUGACAGAGGCUCGUCCAAGAGAAAACCCGGCAAGGCUAGGAACUAUACCCUUCGCUCGAGGUAUGGUUCACCCGCCACCGGCGCAGCAUUUGCCUUGCAGGAGGAUGGUGCUGCUGCGAGCGAGCCCGAGAGCGGCGCUGUGACGGAGAGCACCGCAGAUUAUUUCGACCAGGACGAGGAGGCGUUCUCGCUUGUACUGGAGAAUCCUCUUGGGAAUGACGAGACCGAGGCCCGAUCAGCAGUUCCAUUGCUCACAUCAGAGCCAGCUAUCCUCGCAGAAGAACCUAGGGCAGCCAGUGCAGCAUCUUCAACCUACGUUCCACUGGUUGGCGAAGUCGACAAGCCUUCCAGUUACAAGUUGGACCUUGCUAUUAUCGACGAUUGGGUCAAGGCUCUCCUGAAACUGGCCAAAGGUAAAAUCAGACUUGAGCGGGAGGAUAUGCAGUUCAUCAGCAACAUUCUAGAAGAAGUCAAGCAUGCACUGGCAUCUCUUGAUCCUGAAAUCCUACAGAGUUCGGGCUUACGACAAGCCAUCACCGACAUAAGCCAGCUGCCAAAAAAUGAUAUACCCUUCGAUGAUGAACACGGCUUACGUGCACGAGCAACGGAGCUACUUGGGCUUGCACAAUCGCAGCAAACAGCGUAG